AUUUUAGCUCAAUUUAGCAAAUCGGAACAAACCCUUAGUUGCUACGGAAUAGUAUUGGAUAAUGUAUUUUUCAAGAAAAACACAAGUUAAAAAUGAAAUUGCUUUACCAUCUCACAUUCAAUUGUUACUUUACUUGCCAAAUUACACUUAAAAACGUUUAAAAUACUACUCCACAUUAUUUAUAAUCACCUACCUAAUAAGUCGUUAAUACUCUAAUCUAAACUUAUUUUUCUUAAACUUAUUUUAUUCGAACAAAAUUUAGUUGUUAAAACAAGAUAAACAUUACAUGACCUACAUGUGAUAAUAUAAACUCCUCCCUUAUUUUUUAACCCAAAAAAAAAAAAAAAAACUCCUUUAUUUUGUCCAUUAUUUUAAAUAUCUAAUAAUCAUUUUAUGCUUAAAAUUGACUAAGAUGACAUUUGUCACGAUGUCAUUAAUAAUUUUCCCUCCUUUUUGCACUUUCCUUUUUUUUUUUUUUUUUACCAAAUUUUAAUGACUUCCAUUUUAUAAGCUACAAUAAUACUUAUUUCUAUUUUGACAACAUAUCUAAUCCAAUAUAUACUAUUAAUCUUUUAGUUACAAGUAUACAAACAUAGAUUAAAAAUAAGGUAUUAAAUAUAUCAUUGUCCAAGAUUAUUAUAAUAUUAAGGAGUAUCAAUUUUUUCCUCCAAGCUCCAACAUUAAUCAUUUGACAUUAAUCGUUAUGCAAUGUGAUUAUUAAAAUUAAAAUAAAAACCGCUACUACUCACUAUAAAUACAUUUUUAAAAAGUUGAUUAUGGAAUACUAAUUAUCCUAAAGUAAUAUAAAUCAACUAAAUUUUCAUUUAAUGUCGGUCAAAGUGUGUCAACAAAAAUAUAAGGACAAAUGUAUAUUAGUUUGUAUUCGGGUACUGACCUUUUAUUUUUUUUUCCCUUUUUUUUAAGACAUAUACGGGUACUAACUUAAGCUUAUAUUUUCGUUUUCUUAUAUAAAACCUAAUAGCUUCUAAAUUUCUAUUAAUAAUUUUUUUUAAAAUUCAAAACAAUAACCUUUACGCAUUUGGUAUAAAUUAAAAUUCAAGUUAUUUUGUCACAAAUAUUUUUUUUGGAUAAAUUGUUAUAUUAACAACCAUUCUUUAUUCCCCUCAAAAAUAAAAAAUAAUAAAUAAAUAAAUAAAAACCAUUCUUUAUAAUUUUUAUUGUAAAGUUUAAUUAUAACAGUGCAUGGCGCGGGACUUAACCUAGUUCCAAAUAAUCCAUAAUAUGAAGUUUCCCUUUAGGACUCGUGUCUCCCAUUCCUUAGCUCACUCGUCAAGCAUUUUCUAGUUUUUAUUUUCCGUCCAACAAAAAAGUCAAAAAAAUUCUGACUCUUCACACACACUCUCUUCACUUCGUCACUUUCCCAUUCCUUCACCCACUAAUUCCGCCUCUGUUUCAAAAGCUUCCCAUACAUGCUUUCUUUAUAUACUUCCAUAAACACCUAAAUUACCAAAUUCCCCAAAUUCAAUCUCACAACCCCAGAAAUUCUCCAUUUUUAGGGUUCUUCCUCAAUUUUCAAUUCCCUAAAAUGGGUGCUAAAUCCAGUAAAGGUCCAAACAAUCCAAACCCACCUACAAUUGAUGAAAAUACAAAUACUCAGAUGAACAAUUUCAACAACACUGGUGAAUUAAGCUCGUAUUUACAGGCCUGUCAAUUAGACCCAGAUGUUCAAGUCUUCGAUUCUCACCUCCAUGAACGAACUACUAACAUCAUCAAUUCACUUGCUAAAAAUAGCAAUGACUCAGCUGAAGAAGAUGGUGGAUUUGAGGUUCAUUCUGUAUCUCUUGAUUCUCUGCGACAAGUUGCUGGUUGUUUAAUUGAUAUGAAUCAAGAAGUUGUUAGGGUUAUUUUAGAGUGUAAGAAAGAUAUUUGGAAUAAUCAGGAAUUGUUUGGUUUAGUUCAAGAUUAUUUUGAGUAUAGUGUUCAAACCCUUGAUUUUUUUACUGCUCUGGAUAAAUGUCUUAAAAGGGUUCGUGAUCGCCAGUUGAUUAUUCAAGUUGCAUUGCUUCAAUUAGAGGAGAACAAUGGUGAUCAAAAUAGGGAUUAUAGUAAAAUUUUGCAGGAAUUGAGGAAUUUUAAAGAGGCUGGUGAUCCUUUUACUACUGAAUUUUUCAGUAUGUUUCAAUCUGUUUAUAAACAGCAGGUUGUAAUGUUUGAGAAAUUGCAGCUCCGAAAACAUAAGCUUGAUAAGAAAUUGAAAUCGUUGAAGGUUUAUAGGAAGGUGUCUAACAUUAUAUUUGCAGCCUCUUUUAUUUCUGUGAUCAUUUGUUCUGUUGUUGCUGCUGCCAUUUCGGCCCCUCCGUUGGUUUCGGCUCUGGCUGCUGCUGCUUCUGCUCCGAUGGGAGGGAUUGGAAGGUGGAUGAAUUCGUUGUGGAAGAAGUAUGAGAAUGAAUUGAAGAAUCAGAGGGAAUUGAUUAAUUCAAUGCAAGUUGGGACUUACAUUGCAAUUAAGGACUUGGAUAGUAUACGGAUUCUUGUUGAUAAGUUAAUGGUUCAGGUUGAAUCAAUGUUGGCACAUACUGAAAUCGCGCUAACUCAAGAGGGGGCUGUUUCCGUGGUGAUAGAGGAGAUUAAGAAGAAGCAGGCUGAGUUUUUGAAGGCAAUUGAUGAGCUUGGGGAGCAUGGAAAUAAGUAUAGUCGAGAUAUAAGAAGAGCUAGGACAGUGAUCCUGCAGAGGAUCAUCAAGCAUCCUAAUGAAGAUUGAAUCACUACUUGUUUCAGCUGUUUGUUGUAACAUUAUUGUUAAUCGUUAUAUGACUUAGAUCCCAUGUUGGAUUGUUGGUUGUGUGAUUUCAAAGAUUCUGAAUUUCGAGAUGUAGGAUUUCGUGGCCAUUGCCAUCUUUCUUGCAGGCUUUGCAGCUACUGCUUGUGAGAUAUGGAGACAGCUUCAUUUGAUGUGUGGUAUAGUCUAAAUUAAGUUUACAUCAUUAAAAAAAAAAUGUAUACUAUUUGGAAGCACACUUAACUUCAUGAUUGUUGUUUUACAUCUAGCUUUGGCAUCAGAGAUAUGUUAUUGUUCUGCUUCAUCAUUUAUCUUCAGUAAGAUGCAUUUUUCAUGUUGAUUAUGAUCAACAUUGUAUCAUAAUGAUAAUUGUGAAAUUUAACUUUUUAGUAGUGCCAAACCCUUUUAUUACCAGUAUUACCAUUUACCAUGACAUUAUUUUGUUUUGUCAUCAGUAGUUUGCAAAAGUUAUUAGGAUUAUAUGCUGAGAAAUUGAUGAAAUCUUAUUUCUUUCAUUUGAUGAUGAGCUUGGAAGUUGCACAUUAUUUCUCAUAAAUUUGAAGCUAUGGUCAUGUAUUAUGUUGAUAAAAUUAAUAAUCUGGACAUCAUGGGCAAGUUGUUAUUAGUGCUCAUUUGGUUCGCGUAGCAAAUUUUAAUUCAUGGAAUGUUAAAUUGGAAAAUUUGGAGUGAUAAAUAUUCCAUAAUCCAUUUUCCAUAUUUGCAGUUUCCAUUGUAUUUGUAAAAAGCCAGAAAAUUUGGGCCGGCCAGACAACAACUGCAGCUCUAGUUGUUUACCCAUCACGGCCCACAUUCUAAGAAAAUGAGCCAUGCUAUAUUAAUUAGUAUACACUACACCCUAGUAUAGGACCAUAACCUACACCCCCUACAAAACGCAGCGUUUGCGUUUUUCCCCUACCCCCACAAACUACAGUAACUACCCCCACUCACCCCCACUAACCACAGUAAAUUAGAAAUAACUUCCCCUACCCCACAUAUAUAUUAUUAAAAAAAAAACUAUCCAUUUCAAAUUAUUCUCUCUCUAAAAAACCAUCUUCUUCAUUUCUCUAGAAUUUCUCUCUCAUCAACACCGUCGAAUCGGAACGAAAUUCUCUUCAAAUUAUUGCAAAAUUGCUUCAAAACA